ACCCUGUUGAAUGAAGGAAGAAAAUUCUCCCUUUGGAACGCAGGGGUGAAUUCAUUUGCUUGUCUACUCGAUUUGCAUUCAUUGUUAACAGCUAUUGUUUUUUGAGCUGCUCUUGAUUGGAUCCCAUCGUAAAUUAUAAAUCAAGAGACCAACUUUUGUCCCUUUUCUCUAUCAACUUUAGGGGCUUUCAUAGGAGGGAGAAAUUAAGGGGAAAAUUUUGGAUUCAAUUAUUAGCUCUUGAGCUGCUUUUUAGCUCCACUUAAUUGUUUCCUUUCUGGGUUUUGCAUUAAUUUUGAUUCUAUUCGGUUUUUCUGGCGUUCCAAGGGAAGAUAAAUUCUGGGGAUCGUUUGGUUUGCCUAGUUCUGAUUCCAAGUUUCAAUCUUUCCUUAGCUUUUUCUGUUGGGUUGCCUGAGAAAUUCUGUAUCGUUGUUGGGUUUUGGUAGCUUUGUAGGGCCCUAGGGGAUAUUUGAUUAGGUUUGGUGAAAUCUCUUAUAAACUUUAGGAUUUUAGGGUGUUCGUUCUUUAUUGUGAUGGUAGAAUUUUCCAGGGUUUUGCUUGUGUUGGGGGUUUUGGUAGUGAUGAAAUGAAAAGAAUUGUACAUGCUGGUGAUGCUGAUCCAAGAACAAAUGGGUAUCACAAGAACAAUUUAUUUCACUUUUUUCACGAUUCUGCUUUGUGUGUCAUUGGCUGUGAGCAUGGAUUACAAAAGGCUGGGAGAGGAAAUGUUUCUCAGCCGAUUAGUUGACCCUUCAACCGGGGAGAUUGAUGAGAAGAUGGCUGAGCUUUUGUGGAUAAGUUGCAGGCAAGAUUUGAUUGAUUUGAAGAAAGCUUUUGAAGGUCCCUACUUAUGUCUUUCAGAGGAAAUGCCCAGUUGUUCUCAUGUGAACAAUAUGAAAAGUCACUCUUUGGCUAAAGAAAACAUUCGGAAGCUGAUUGAUGUGCUUUAUCCCCAGUUAAAGCAAACUCUAUUGGACUGUAUAAGAAAGAAAAAUCUUUUGGAUAUGGUAUCUGGACAGGAAAGUCACCCUAAAAUUUGGUACCCUGAGUAUCUUGAGUCAUUAUUUCUCAGGCAUGAUGCUCUUAGAAGGAAUUUGGCUGAUAAUAGCAUUGCCAAUGAACCCACAACAAGCCCAGCCUCAGCCCCAGCCCCUGGGCCCUCUGGUUUAUCACCACCUAGCAAACCUUAUGGUGCUGCACCUCCAAAAAAGCCCUUUUUUCCACCAAUAGAUUCAAGUUCAGGGGCUCCAGUUUAUUCUGGAAAUUCUGAUUCUAGUUCAAAUGCACAGGAAACAAAGGAGAACACUAACCAUAAAAUUAUUAUUGCUGUUGUUGUAACUGCAGUGGUGACAUUUGUUGCUGCAGCAUUGCUCUUUUUGUGCUGUUUCCGUCGUUCUGGAGGUAAACGAAAUGAUGAAAAGCCCCUUCUUAGCUUAAGCUUAAGUGACUACUCUGGAUCCUCUCAAGCAUCUUAUGCUUUUGGAAAUUCUAUUAAAGAAGAGAAGCUAAGUUACCAAUCAUUUGGAAACUCCAGCCUUAAUAAGGGGGCUUCAUCUUUGGAUGGCAAUGUUUAUAUUGAAUCUGAUGCUGGUGCUGCCAAAUCAGCAGCUGACUCCUUUGAUAAAUCCAACAAUGCCAAUGCACCACUACCACCUCCUCCUGGAAGGGCCAUCCCUGCCACACCUGGAUUGUUGCCUUUGAAGCCUCCUCCUGGCAGAGCUGUUCCCCUCACCCCUGAACCACCUGCCCCCAUUAGAACUGGUCCUCCCCCUCCUCCUCCUCCUCCUCGACCUCCUGUACCCCCUUCUUCCCCCUUGAAAUCCUCUGCUGCCAAUGCAAGCCCUCAACCUCCUGGACCUCCUCCACCACCACCUAUACCUGCCAGCAGCAAACCUGGUCCUCAUCCACCACCCCCUCCAGGAGGUGGUGGUCCUGCCCCUCCUCGUCCUCCACCACCACUGCCUGUUUCUAAGGGACCUCGACUGCCUAGUGCACCAAGACGCCCUAUUUCUGGCGAGGAUGGUAGCACUGGGGAUGGAGCUAGUUCUUCUAAAGCCAAGUUGAAACCAUUUUUCUGGGACAAAGUAAAUGCCAAUCCUGAUCAUUCAAUGGUCUGGAAUCAGAUUAAAUCUGGAUCAUUCCAGUUUAAUGAGGAGAUGAUAGAAACUCUAUUUGGGUUUUCAGCUGAGAACAAACAUGAGAGAAAGAGAAGCUCUUCUUCAGAGAAGAUACCCCAGUUUAUUCAGAUUCUUGAUCCGAAGAAAGCACAAAAUUUAUUAAUCCUUUUGCGAGCAUUGAAUGUGACAACGGAAGAACUUUGUGAUGCACUUCAAGAAGGAAAUGAGCUCCCUGCUGAUCUCCUUCAAACUUUCUUGAAGAUGGCACCUACAGCAGAUGAAGAACUCAAACUUAGACUGUUUGCUGGUGGACUUUCUCAACUUGGGCCUGCUGAGCAAUUUAUGAAAACCCUGGUUGACAUCCCAUUUGCUUUUAAACGAAUGGAAACACUUCUUUUUAUGUGCACUGUUAAUGAGGAAAUUGCUGCUACUAGAGAGUCCUUUCAAACCUUAGAGGUUGCUUGCAAGGAACUCAGAAGUAGUCGCCUAUUCCUCAAGCUUUUAGAAGCUGUUUUGAAAACAGGAAAUCGGAUGAAUGAUGGAACAUUCCGUGGUGGUGCACAAGCUUUCAAACUUGACACACUUCUGAAGUUAUCAGACGUAAAAGGAGUAGAUGGCAAGACAACACUCUUGCACUUUGUUGUGCAAGAAAUAAUCCGUACUGAAGGUGUAAGGGCUGCCCGUAUUGCAAGAGAAAGCAAAAGUUUUAACAGCAUCAAGUCGGAUGAUCUUCUUCAGGAAGUUACCCAUGACACAGAGGAUCACUAUCGCAAUCUUGGUCUUCAGGUGGUUUCAGGUUUGAGUGGUGAACUUGAAAAUGUGAAGAAAGCAGCAGCAAUAGAUGCCGACAACUUAACAGGGACAGUUUCCAAACUUGGCCAUCAACUCCUAAAAGCACGUGAUUUUCUAAACUCAGAGAUGAAGAGUGCAGAGGAAAGAAGUGGGUUUCAUGAAUCAUUAAAGAGUUUUGUGCAGGGUACUGAGGGUGAUGUCAUGUCAUUGCUAGAAGAAGAAAAGAAAAUAAUGGCUUUGGUGAAGAGUACUGGUGAUUACUUCCAUGGGAAUGCGAGGAGGGAUGAAGGCCUACGCUUGUUUACUAUAGUGCGUGACUUCUUGAUAAUUUUGGAUAAGGUGUGCAAAGAGGUAAGAGAGGCACCGAGAAAGCCAACAACAGCACAGAAAAAAGAGACACCACACAAUCCAUCACCUCCCUCCAAAUCUCGCUUUGCACCACCUUCUCCCGAUCCUCAUCAGAAGCUCUUUCCUGCAAUUGCAGAAAGAAGGAUGAAUAAUUCUGCUUCUAGCUCUAGCUCAGAUGAUGAGAGUUGAUUGUAAUAUUUUGAAAACGUAUUUCAAUUUUCUGAGAUAAACUUCAGAACUCAACUCUCAUUUCUUAUUGACAAUGUGAUCUCAGUUCCUUAUUUCUUCAGAUGCCUGCUGUGUUGAAAGUUGAAGAUGAACAUCCUGGAGCUUAGGCGAUAAUUUUGGUUGAUGGAAAGAGUUCAUCCUGACGAUAAGAAGAAAGGAACUAGCAAAUGGUGUUUGUACUUGAAUGCUAGAUUGUAGCAUGGCCAACAUCACCAUUAAACAGUAGACUUUAUCUACAUUUGAGUAUCGUCAGGGAUUGCCUUAGAGGUUGAUAUUCAUUUCCCUUUUUCAUUCUCGGUCCAACCUGUGCAUUAUUAGUUGGUUACAUGCAGAUCCCUUUAUUUUUCUCCCAACUUGUAAUUCUUUGUUAACAUUCUGUUGAUAUUAAUGACUUGAAAUCUGGAAUUCUUAGCAAGGUAGUCUUCAAAU